AUGUCGCUCUCGCUCUGGCAAGUUCCACGCAUGAUGAAUCGUCUCAUGGACGAUUACAUCCACGAGAUGGAUCGCAGUGUAUUCCCAUACUGGAGGAAUGCUGACCAUUCCAUGCCCCAUGUUGGCAAUGACACGCAACAGGUUAUCGACGACGACAAGAAAUUUGCGGUUUCACUCGAUGUCUCACAGUUUCGUCCCGAAGACUUGAAGGUGCACAUCGAUGGCAGAGAACUUACUGUAGAAGGGGAGCAGGAGCACAAAUGUAAAAACAGCUUUAUUCACAGAUCGUUCAUCCGCAAGUUGACGCUUCCAGAAAACGUAGAUCUGGAAUCCGUGCGUACGCAGCUCAGCGAUAAGGGACACCUAUGCGUUGAAGCUCCCAAGGCAGAUCCGGAAAGACCAAAUAGGAGAAACAUUCCAAUUAUGGCUGCUCCAUCGAAGAACUAUAUGUGCUCUAGUUAA